AUGGAGGCGUAUGUAGAUGAUAUACUGGUCAAGAGCCAUACAGUCUCAAACCAUAUUGCUGACCUCCAAGAGACUUUCGAUACCCUCUAUCGAUUUCAGAUGAGGCUGAACCCAGCGAAGUGUGCCUUUGGAGUUACUGCUGGAAAAUUUUUUGAAUUCAUAAUAUCACGAAAAGACAUUGAGACGAAUCUCGAAAAGAUCAUGGCAAUUCUUGAGAUGACUCCAUCAAGAACAGUUGGGAAGGUGCAGUGUCUCAUUGACAGAAUCGCUUCGCUUAAUUGCUUCAUCUCCAGAUCGGUCGAAAAGUGUCUCCUAUUCUUCCAGACCCUCAGGCAGCCAAAGGACUUCCAACAGACUAUUGAAUGCCAAAAGGUAUUUAAGGAGUUAAAGCAAUAUCUUAGCUCUCCACCAUUGCUUAUGAAGCCUCAACCUAGUGAGGAGCUGCUGUUAUACCUCGCUGUCUCUCCAGUGAUAAUCAUCGUAGUUCUUGUUCAAAAAGAAAGACGGAUUCAAAAGCCAAUACAUUGCACCAGCAAAGUCCUUCACGAUGCCAUAAUCAGAUAUUCAAAAUUGAAAAAGUUAAUUUUUAUAUUGGUCAUCACGUACCGUCCGAGACCCUCCAUCAAAGCCCAGGUGCUAGUGGACUUCAUCUUGAAAUGCAUCAUUUCGAACGAGCAGAGUUCACAAGAUGGAGAAGGCUCAAGAGCUGACGAGAGCUCAGAAGCUGGUGAAAGCUUAAGGAAUGAGAAGGCAGACGUAGGAUCUGACUCUGAGGAGGUAUGGAUGCUAUACGUCGAUGGCUCAUCAAAUGCUUCUGGAGCCAGGGCCGGGCCGAUCUUAACUGAUCCUAAAGGCGAUGUUACGGGAUACACAUUGCGCUUUGAAUUUCUAGCCACUAACAAUGAGGUAGAAUAUGAGGUUCUACUUGCUGAACUUAAGAUGGCAAGAGAAGCAGGAGCCCAGCACCUAAAGGUCUUCAGUGACUCUCAGCUGAUGAUAGGACAUAUAAGGGGCAAAUACGAGGCACGAGAGGAGAAUAUAAAGAGAUAUCUCCAUAAGGUCUCUAAAAGAAAAAAUGCCAGGGUAGAUGCACUAUCAAAGUUAGUAGCCUUACUGCCGACCGACCUAGAAAAAGGGAUCUACUUUGAAAUAUUAAAAAUCUCGAGUCUCGAGAAGCCUCUUGUCAUCCAGCAAGUUGACAAAGAAUCCUAUUGGAUCGACCCCCUAUUGAAGUAUCUGCAGUCAGUAGAACUACUGUCUGAUCGUAGGAAGGCUCAAAAGAUAAGAAAGCAAGCCGCUCGUUACAUUCUGUAUAAUGACAAGCUCUACAAGCAAUCUUUUUCUCUACCUCUGCUAAAAUACUUACGUCCAUCCAAGACUGAUUAUGCAUUACAGGAGGUCUACGAAGGGAUCUACGGAAGUCACUUGAGAGGCAGGUCUCUAUCCUACAAGAUCCUUCGACAAGAAUACUACUGA